AUGGAGCUGCUUUGCCUCGAAAUGGACACCAUCAUAAGAGCUCGUCCUGAUCCGAAUCUUCUGUGUGAUGACAGGGUAUUACAAAGCCUGUUGACCAUUGAAGAACGUUUUCUUCCACAAUGUUCUUAUUUCAAGUGCGUUCAGAAAGAUAUUCAGCCAUUUAUGAGGAGGAUGGUUGCGACUUGGAUGCUGGAGGUUUGUACGGAAACACUUAAACUCUGUAGGCUAUUUCCGUGCCUACGACUCAUCUCAAAACACAAAAAUCUGACUUUUCAUUGUCACUUUGUCAGGUUUGCAUGGUGUGAGAAAGAGGGUUGCAUAUCACAUUGCCGAAUAGACAAUCCUGAUGGCAUAUAAUCAGCUACUCGUAUUUAUAUGAUUUUAUUAUCUGUAGCAUAUUUGAACCAGGUCACCGACGAUUAUGUCUGAGAUACAUAGACAUGUGGUUACAGUGGUGUAUAUCACCAGAUAAAGCUUUUCUUUGCAUAUGUCUGAUCUAGGAAAGGUGCCCAGGAUUAUUUUGUUAUGUUUAAGAUUGCCUAAAUAUUUCCAUGCACACGUAUGCAGUUAAUCCUUGCCCUAUUCUAGCCUAUAUUCUAACGCCAUGUUGGUUUUUAUAGGAACUGUUGCAGUUUUUCUGACGAUUUUACAGUGUCAUAAACGCUAUAACAGCAGUUGAAACGUGUCAGAAAUGAAAGAGCAGUGUCUAAACUACAUAGUCAUCAUUGAAAUAUUUAGCAAACAUGUUCUAUUUAUUUUUUAAAUAUCGGAUGGCGGAAGGGGCGCGGGCCUAUCUGUCCGUCUGGUCUCCACAUUGAAAUCCGUCACCCAGGAAUUAAGUUAGAUUUUUUGUACUUUGUUUGACAUAAUCAGUUGGGAAGGGUCUAAAAAGAAACUCGACCGUCUGAGCUUUAUUUUCAUGUAAGAGUUAUUUGACUAGGAUUCAUGAAAGAUUUUAUAUUAAUUUUGGAAAAAAUAUUUCGAUCUGGCGGUGACGCACUCGAGAGCAACCACAUGCUACUUCGUAUUAUAUUUGACAAUUAUUUCGCAUUUAACUUCAAAUGGCAUGUUUAUCAAUUGUCGGGUCUGAUGUGAAAGACAUUGGUGUUCAUUACGAUGCGAAAAUGGUAGAUGUAGACAAUUUAUUAAUAUUUUUAAAUAUUUUAUGAAAAUAUGACGAAGGAAAAAAAUAGUUUCCGUAUAGGCUACUGUGGUGCUUGGGUAUUUUUUGGCUGGGGUGAUUGUGACUUGAAUUCAUUUCUUACUGAUUGAACUGAAGGAAUGCGAGUGUAUUGACAGCCUGUUGACAGACCUUUUUCAAACAUGGAAAAUAAUAAAUUUAGAAUGUAUUGAUGAUGUCGCAACAAACAACUCUGGGCUGGGCUCAAUUCUUGGCCAGGUCCCAAAGGGUUUCAAAGAAUGGAUAUGCAUAUCUGGCUAUUACAUUAUUUCCUUGAUUUCGUUAUCAUUUUAAUGUUUCACAUGUAUUUAACACAUUUUAGGUAAUUGAAAUAACUGGAAUUUGAUGAUGCCAAAUGCUGCACAUUGUCACAAGUCGCCUCUCUCUCUAGGUUUGUGAAGAACAGAAGUGUGAGGAAGAAGUUUUUCCCUUGGCGAUGAACUACUUGGACAGAUUUUUAGCCGUGGUUCCAACCAGAAAGUGUAAUCUGCAACUUCUUGGAGCAGUUUGCAUGUUCCUUGCAUCCAAACUGAAAGAAACUCGUCCAUUAACUGCAGAGAAACUCUGCAUCUACACAGAUAACUCAAUCAGACCACAGGAGUUGCUGGUAAGCAGUUGGUUUCUGCCAAUACAAUUAUUCAAUUUCAGAUUGUUAUUAUGACGUUGUCAACAUGUAUAUGAAACUCAUAGCUAAUUGUUAAUGUAAUCAAUGCUUAUGCUACGAGCCAUACCUCAAAAGCCACCUACAUAUAUAUUUGUAAUAUUUAUUCCUAUUAUUUUGUAGGAAAAAUAUUUUUGGCCUAUUUACAUGCAGAAUCUAAUUCAUGGAGAUCAUCAGCAAACCUAGAUUCAUCAGCAAACCUAGAUUCCAUGUAAAUCAAUUGUUUAUCUGACCAUUUUUGGGCCCAUCACUGUAGGACCCAGAGUGCUUUGUCCCCCAAGAGCUCUGUAAUAUUGGACUGUACAGUAGGUUUUUGUACAGUGGUCUCCAUCGCCAUCUAGUGGCAAGAAUUUGCAGUAGAUCGAGGUCAGUGUUGAACUGAAGCCAAGGUUUGGAUCCAAGGAGUGAGUGAUCUUUAGAGGCUGUAGUCUACAGAGAGGAAGUCUCACAUUUUGAUGGUCCUGGCAAACACAGUUUUGUCUUUGACCUCAAAACUUUGCUUCACUCAAGGUUUAACCUAGAUGUCCUCACAGAAUGGACAAUGUUACUGUUUUUUGUAGAUCCUGCUUGAAAAAGCACAUUUUCUAACGUGGGAGAAUAAAGAUGUUUAUUACAUGCAUACAAUACUUUUUACAUUACAAUUCGGCAUCAGAUUUGUUCACUGAUUAGAUGACUUGGCUGAAGGUGCUCACAACAAGGUUUCACUUGCCUUGGUUAGGGUUAUUUCUGCAGUCCUUGGUACCCUAAAGUUAGAGCCCUUGGCAAGGUCAUAGGGUCAUGGUGGAUCAGACGUACCAGUUGUUAGAUAGUUCACCCCCAAGUGGUGUAGGUGAACAUUUAAAUAGUCUGUUUUUCACAUCAGAAAAGUAUUUCCUCUGCGACGCUACAUAAACAUAAUUUAAUAAACAACAGUGAAUCCCACUCAUGUUGUGAAAUAAGUCACAUAUGAUUCAGCCGUGGAGACUGAGAGCUCGGGGCCUGCCUGGGCCUGGCCUGGCUCCUCGGUUGAUGGCUGCAGCCAGCGGCAAUGUUAAUUUAGAUGGGGUGCUGCUGAUCCCAAUGCUUUGUUACUAAGUAGGUAUGGGCUGGAGAGGCCAGCCACUCCCUGUGAUGACAGCUCCUGGACCAGUUUAUUGGCUAGGUGAGACAACCUCAGCAACUAUCUCAAAUCAAAUCAAAUCAAAUGUUAUUUGUCACAUACACGUGUUUAGCAGAUGUGUAGCGAAAUGUUUGUGCUUCUAGCUCCGACAGUGCAGUCAUAUCUAACAAUUUCACAACAUAUACCCAAUACACACAAAAAAGUAAGGAAUGGGAUUUAAGAAUAUAUACAUAUAUGGACAAGCAAUGACAGAGUGGCAUGGACUAAGAUACAGUAGAUAUUAUAGAAUAGAAUGCAGUAUAUACAUAUGAGAUGAGUAGUGCAAGAUAUAUAAACAUUAUUAAAGUGACUAGUGUUCAAUUUCUUAAAGUGGCCAGUGAUUUCAAUAGGCAGCAGCAGCCUCUAAUGUGCUAGUGAUGGCUAUUUAACAGUCUGAUGGCCUUGAGAUAGAAGCUGUUUUUCAUUCUCUCGGUCCCAGCUUUGAUGCACCUGUACUGACCUCGCCUUCUGGAUGAUAGCGGGGUGAACAGGCAGUGGCUCGGGUGGUUGAUGUCCUUGAUGAUCUUUUUGACCUUCCUGUGACAUCGGGUGCUGUAUGUGUCUUGGAGGACGGGUAGUUUGACCCCGGUAAUGCGUUCGGCAGACCGCACCACCCUCUGGAGAGAGCCCUGCGGUUGUGGGCGGUGCAGUUGCCGUACCAGGCGGUGAUACAGCCCGACAGGAUGCUCUCAAUUGUGCAUUGGUUAACAUUGUAUUACAUGCUGACAGAAGCAGGAUCAACAUCAGGUGAAGCACUACCUUUAGCUGGGAACCGGGCUGGACUGGGCAGGGCUGUAUCCACCAAUACUCAUGUUGUUUAGGCCUGGGUGAGAGGAGAAGUGGUGCACCCUGUCCUUGAGAUGGUUUCAUGAGGCCUGCCUGGGUGUGUUCACAGCCAGCUUCUCUAUAAGGCAGUAUUUUGGCUCACAAAUAGGCACAGGAAACAGGAGAUCAGCUGCUCAGCCCAUGUGAUAGUGUUUUGUCCCCAUCUUUGGUAACAAUUUCUUGUAAAAUAAACCACAAUGUCACCCAGAAGGUGUGACCGGAAGCACUUGCAGAAGGAAGUGGGUGCCUGCAUGGAGGGUGUGUUGCAAAGUUAUCUCUCUCUCUCUGUCUCUCUCUCUCUCUCUCUCUCUCUCUCUCUCUCUCUCUCUCUCUCUCUCUCUGUCUGUCUGUCUGUCUGUCUGUCUAUCUCUGUCUGUCUGUCUGUCUGUCGGUCUGUCUGUCGGUCUGUCGGUCUGUCUGAUAGACAGGGAAACACUGUGGAGUGAGGACAAGAGUUAGGUCAUAGUCAGGGCCAUCUAUCUAUACAAUUCCUAAUUGAUUCCUUGAAUUCUAACCGCAGAAUCAAAUCUGUGGUAUUGUUAAGAAGUGACACACUGAACCUUAGCAGUUUGCAAUCGUUCUAUGUAAAUUGAUAGGGAAACACAACACCCUGUGAAACUGAAGUGGGGAUAUCAUAGGGAUGUAUCAUCUGGAUGUUAAGUGCCGCUUGCGCCAUCCAGUGUGUGGUCCCCUUUCAGAGGAGAGGAGAGAUACAGUUCACCUGAGAUUGGGAAUAAAAUGUAGUCAUCGGUCCAGAGUUACCGUGUCAUGGAGCUCUGAGAGCAGUUAAUGGCUGCCACAUUGGACCGGUGUCAUCUCAUGACUAAGAACCAUGUGGCUCUCUGAAGGGGAAAUCACUAGCUCCCAGUCACAAGGACAGUCCGAACCACACAAUUCCUCCCAAAUUAGUCACCAGCUCAUUCCGUUACUCACCCUUUCUUCUCUAAGAAACGAGGGCAACCAUACAACUCAAACAUAAGCUCCCCCCCCCCCCCCCCCAAGAAAAAUAAAACCAUGUAAGUUAAGCUAGGCCUAAAUGUAAUUAUACUUAUAGACAUUGGGAAAGGGCAGUUGAGGCUACAGCGCACAGUUGAACAAGUUAAAGUUGAUUAGGUCUGGUGAAUCUGUCGUUUAUAGUUAAGCUAAUUAUUUUAUUCAAAGCCUCUCCUUUUAUGCUGUUCAUGUCAAACAUUAGGUAUACAGUUGUUUUGUCUGUGUGCCAGGUGAGCUGUAAAUCGUUGUAAAUUAGCUCAGUUUGGCAUUUGUUUAACAUUAUCGAAUACAGAGCCAGCGGCAAUGUGCAUUUAGAUGGGGUGUGUCACGAUCGUCGACUGAAGACACGGACCAAGGCGCAGCGUGAUAAGCGUACAUACUUUAAUUGUACUUACACGAACAAAAACAACAAACAAACGAUACGUGAAGUCCUAGGUUAUACACAACAAACCAAACGGAACAAGAUCCCACAAAUAAACUGGUGCCAACAGGCUGCCUAAGUAUGGUCCCCAAUCAGAGACAACGAGCUACAGCUGUCUCUGAUUGGGAACCACCCUGGCCAACAUAGAUCAACACGAUCUAGAAACAAAAACAUAGAAAACAAAACAUAGAAAAUCCACACCCUGGCUCAACAUAUAAGAGUCCCCAGAGCCAGGGCGUGACAGUACCCCCCCCCCAAAGGCGCGGACUGCGACCGCGCCCCACAAACACAAGAGGGUAGGGGCCGGGUGGGCAUUCCGCCUCGGAGGCGGAUCCGGCUCCGGGCGUGACCACCACUCUCUCUCCACCCCCCCGUUGUGCCCCUGAUCUGGUCUGGCCCCGCUGGCCGGAGCUGGACUGGACACCGGUGGAGCGGAUUGCUCUGGCUCCGGAGUGGAGCAGCUGACCGGUGCCGGACCAGGCACCGGUGGAACAGGCACGGGCCGUGCCGGACUGGACACACGCACCACUGGCUUGGUGCGGGGAGCAGGAACGGGCCGGACCGGGCUGACGACGCGCACCACUGGCUUGGUGCGGGGAGCAGGAACGAGCCGGACCGGGCUGACGACGCGCACCACUGGCUUGGUGCGGUGAGCAGGAACGGGCCGGACCGGGCUGACGACGCGCACCACUGGCUUGGUGCGGGGAGCAGGAACGGGCCGGACCGGCCUGACGACGCGCACCACUGGCUUGGUGCGGGGAGCAGGAACAGGCCGGACCGGGCUGGCGACGCGCACCACAGGCUUGGUGCGAGGACCAGGAACAGGCCGGACCGGGCUGGCGACGUGCACCACAGGCUUGGUGCGAGGGACAGGAACAGGCCGGACCGGGCUGGCGACGCGCACCACUGGCUUGGUGCGGGGAGCAGGAACAGGCCGGACCGGGCUGGCGACGCGCACCACUGCCUUGGUGCGAGGGGCAGGAACAGGCCGGACCGGGCUGGCGACGCGCACCACAGGCUUGGUGCGAGGGACAGGAACAGGCCGGACCGGGCUGGCGACGCGCACCACAGGCUUGGUGCGAGGGACAGGAACAGGCCGGACCGGGCUGGCGACGCGCACCACAGGCUUAGUGCGGGGAGCAGGAACGGGCCGGAUCGUACUGGGAACACACACCACUGGCCUUGUGCAGGAAUCAGGAACGGGCCGGACCGGACUGGUGACACACACCACUUGCUUGGUGCGAGGAGCGGGACUGGGUUUCCUUCUAAACCUCCGCUCCCUCUGCUGCCUAACCAGUUCCUCUCGCCGUGCCUCUACACUCUCCCUCUCCCUCAUGACCAAUAGCCCCCGUAACCUGGUGGCCUCCUCUCCUAGUCCGCAGAUUCGCCCUGUUGCUGCCUCCUGCUGCCCCGUCAUCCACGCCGUGUGCCCCCCCCCCCAAAAAUGUUCUUGGGGUUGCCCCUCGCGUGUCCGUCGUCGGCGCGAUUGGCGCCGUUUCUCCUCUCCUGCCUGGGCAUUUACAUUUGCCCAUGGCCCUCUGCCCGCGAAGAUCUCCUCCCAAGACCACCAUUUGCCCACCUGCGACAUCGCCAUCUUCUCCUCCUGGGCACGCUGCUUGGUCCUCUUAUGGUGGGAUCUUCUGUCCACAAGGUUUGUUUUGUAUUAACCUAGGACUUCACGUAUCGUUUUGUUUGUUGUUUUGUCGUUAAGUACGUUAAUAAAAAAAUUUACGCUUAUCACGCUGCGCCUUGGUCCGUGUCUUCAGUCGACGAUCGUGACAGGGUGUAAUGAAUUGCUAGGUGCCCAAAGUAGCAAAGCAGGCCAUAACUGUGGUAAAAUGUAAUGGCUUCCAACAGGUCAUGUAGAAGGUCAAACUAUGCUAUCCUGUGCUAACCUAUUUGCUCUGCGUUUUGUCAUGCAUUUGUACAUGUAAAAUUGAUACUGUGUAAUUCAUUCUGCAUAGAUCGUUGACCAAAAGGUCAGCCAUAUAGCUAGGAACCCAUUCAUUGCCUCUGUUGGCUUGAGCAUGUUAGUGAGAGCUAGUCUCAGAGUCCCCGUCCAACCCCCCUCCACCCCAAUCCAAUACCCAGACCUCUCAGGUCUCUCCUGAGGAAAGUCCCAGAUGCCAGACGACUAGACGAUGUCGUGAGGUCACCUGCGUUCGUGUGUCAGAGCUGCUGUUGCCUCAGCCAGCCUGCGUUGCUCUUUCCUAGCCAGGGAGAGUAAUAUAAUAGCAAUCUUUCUCUUCUCAACCACUCCACCCUCUGUGCUGUGUAGGCCAGGGUAGGCUCACACAGGCACAGAGACAGCCUGCCACAAACAGUACAGCCUCCUCGGGCCUGGCUCGGUCUCAGCUAGGGUGGUGCCAUGGAUAUACAGAAUGUUUAGCCUAAUAGCCUCUAACAUCCUAACACAGUCUCUCUCUCUCUCUCUCUCUCUCUCUCUCUCUCUCUCUCUCUCUCUCUCUCUCUCUCUCUCACUUUCUGUUUUAGGAGUGGGAGCUGGUGGUGCUGGGGAAGUUGAAGUGGAACCUGGCGGCUGUCACUCCAAAUGACUUCAUAGAACACAUUGUGAGGAAGCUGCCGUUGCCCGAGGAGAAGUUAGUGCUGAUACGCAAACACGUGCAGACCUUCAUCGCCCUCUGUGCUACAGGUACGACAGGAAAUAAUUCUCACUGGGGGACAAGGAUAGCAUUUGAUUAGAAAAAUGUAUAUUAUCAAAAGAUGAGCCAAUGGGGAUGUGGGUUGCCAUCUCAUAUCACUUUUGGCUUGUGUUCAUUUUUGUGGCUCCCGAGCCACAUUUUGCAAGUCAGAGCGAUAACGGAUGUGCUGCCAAGUCAAUUAGGUGCUGAUGUCUUGCGUCAGUUGUGGCUGUUGCAAAAUAUCCUUGUCUCUCCUCUCUACGUGAAAUCAAAAUCCUAUUCUGAUCAACAAUGACUGGACGAGCCCCAUUCAGGUGGCUUUGUGGGCCCGUCAUGCAGUGUCGUGACGCCUUAUAACUUAAGUGAGAUAUAUUACCUCCUUGUGAAAAUAUGUGGGGCUUAGAAAAGCAUGUGUCAUGGAGGACGUGUCUCUGUGACAGUCUCAUGUCCACGUCCAUCAUGUUUCUCUCUCCCGGCUGUGGCGGCUGUGGCGGCCAUGUUCUAGAGGCAUAUCAAUGGCUAACAGAGAAUGGAGUGACACUUCAAAGGGCAGCGGCCUGGUUUAAGGGACAUUUGCGUGUUCCCGUGUGCUCCAGGACCGAGGGAGGAUCUGACGGGAGUGGGGACUGGACAUUGUCUCCUCUGCUCUCCAGGUUGGAUUGUUUCUUUAAGAUCAAACAUCGAGCCGUGGGAGUGACAGGAGAUAUGAUCUGAAGAACCGGAGAGGAGGAGGGGGAGAGCAAAAAAGAGAAAGAGGAGGAGUAUAUUGUUCCUGCAGUGCCCAAUAGUGAGGCAUGUCAUGUUGUCAUCUCUCUCUCCGUCUCCCCAUCUUCUCACGCCUCCCUACUGCUUGAGGGCAUGAUGAAUUUCCCAUGUUCAGGGAGUGUUUGUGGGGCAGGUUCUGCCAGCACACACCCCAGCAGGGAUCCAGAGCUGCAGCAAGGCUCCCCCUGGACUCCACCCCAGUGUCCCACCUCUGGCCCCACAGGAAUGCUCCUAUACUCCCUUAUGGGUGAGAUCCAUGUGAUGUUAGAGGAGUGUGUGUAUGGAUGGAUGGAAGGGAGCUAGGGUGACAGGUCUCUAAACAUGCCACUUUUGACGUGGAUCCCUUUUUUGAUUGUGCAAUUUAUAUUGUAUGUUGUGAAAGACGGAGCACAUAGAUGGUCUCCAUGGGAACUGUCCCAAGUCCCAUUGAAGACAUGGAAUUUUCCAUCUCUCUCUCUCUCUCUCUCUCUCUCUCUUUCUCUCUCUCUCUCUUCCUACCUCUCUCUCUUUCUACCUCUCUCUCUUUCUCGCUCUUUCUUCCUCAUUUUCUCCUUCUUUCUCUUCUGUGCCAAUGGAGAGAUUACUGUGAGGAACGACUGUGUCAGUGAUCGGACCUAUUCCCAAAGCAACAUUGUGCAAGGCUCCCAGUGCACUUUGUCCUUAAUUGCUUCAAUGAGGCAGUGGAUAUACAUUUACGAGCCUCGUGGAGGAAGAUGUCUUCUUGACGUCUUGUAGAAGGGAGCCUUGCUGCAGAUAACUGGGAUUAGCAGCAGGCCAUUUUGCCAUCCAGGCAAAGAGCGAGUUGAAGAAUUUGUUGCAUCUGAAGAUCUCUGGGAAUUCAAAACCCAUUUUGUGCAACGUUCCCAGCCAUAAAUCAACUAAACUAUCUGGUGAGAAUCCUCCCUGAGAAUCCCCCUCCAAACAUGCUGAGAAGGUGAAGCUGGAGGAGGAGGUUUCUAAGGCUUUGCUAUUUGCAAGAGAGUUGACAAAGGAUCACCUGGGGCCUCAGUAUUUCAUGCAUAGAAGAGAUUGAACUCACCCCCACCUCCACCCCCUCUUCUUGGGAAACUUGCAUAAACCAAGCCUUCUGUUUUCGAGGGAGCGAGAGAAAGAGAGAGGAGAGGUGGAGAGACAAAAAAGCCUCUCAUUUUUAAUGGUUCCUCUCUUUUGAUGGAAAAGUUCAGUUCGAGGCACUCGGUGGGGAUUUGGUCAGGUGGUGGCGGGCCGGGCGGCGCAGGUCGUUUCAGUAUUAAUUAUUAACGCGGGAGGGUCCAUUCAGCACUAUGCAAAUAGUCUAGGGCUCUGCUAGAGCCCGGGAGAAAAGAGACAAAGAGCUGGCCCUACAUUUCAUAUGCACAGGCAUGUAAGGGUCAGCACAGCAGGGGCACUUGAUAGGAAACACCAGCUUCUCCCCGGGGCAGCCUACAGGAUAAUGGUGGAGAAACAAGCUCAUUAAGAGAGAUUAUGGCCUCCUUCUUCCACAGAGACACCAAGCACUCCUUGUCCCCAUGUUUCCCCCCUCCCCCCUGGUCUCUUGUCUCGUUCUCUUUCAAUAGAUAUAAAGAAGGGGUUGGGGAACAAAACAGAUAGGCCUGAACAUGUCUGAUGGUAAUCAGAUCUAUCCUACUACUUUACUAGAGUCAUCUUGAGAGAGACCACGCUGUGGUCAAACAUGUUGAAGAGACCUGCUGUAACAUGCAAGGAGAUGUGGCUUUGACAGAAGUUAGGGUGACCGUGAACCUAAACUAGUGGGUCACGAACACCUGAAGUCCACUCUCAUUAAUAGGCAAGAUGGAGGAACACAAUGGAUCCUUUAGACCCCAUCAGGAUGUCAGUUAGCCUGUUUGGACACUCUUGGCUCCCCUAGCACUUGAUUAGAGUGUAGAAUACAGUGGAAAUAGGUUUCUCCUGUAGGUAGGGAGAGUCAGUGUUUAGGUAUUGCCCUCUUGAAUCUGCCCUCUUGUUUUCUUCCUGAAUGCCUGUUGGAUGGAGAGUUGGAGAGUCCCUUAACUUCUCUAGUGAGAUGUGAUUCAGACUCCACUGGACUGCAUGGCGGAGGUCUUUCAUCUUUAUUACCAGUGUUUGUUGACUGAAAAAGCUUCCGAUUUGAUUAGUCAGAGCAUCCAAUGAAUUACCCUCCUCCUUCUCCUCCAACCAAUGAUCCUCUCUCUCUCUCCGUCCGCUCCAACUCCAUUGAUGUCUGCAGCAUCCAUCCUUGAGGCUGGAGGAAGCUUUCUCACAGUAUGCACACAGGAAUGUGUUACACGGUGUGUCAUAGAAUGGUAUGUCCUGAGGUAGCCUCACUUCACUGUGGUAAUCAACACCUCAUCUGAAGGACUGGGAGCAGUUUGUCCAUACAUCCACCAUAAGGGAAAGGAAUUCAUUUGUAGACGUUGCAGUUGUCCUAGCAAGUCUUUGGUUUGAACCUCUACCUACUUGUAUGUUAUGAGUUAUUUUAUAAGUGGACAGACAUUAACCACAAGGAAUAACAUCUGAGGUUUGGAAGUAAAGUAAAUGUUAGUGGCUGGUGGGUUUUGAGUUUGACCUGAAUGAUGUUCUCAUGACAUGAGAAGUCUCCCUGAGCACAGCUGGGGUUUCUGGGUAAAGAUGCGUCGGUCAGCUGUUUAUCCAAUCUUAUCGGUUGAAUCCUGUCUGGAAACAAAACACAACAACAGAAAGCCAGGGAUGAGGGAUUCUAACUGGCCUCCAAACGAAAGCUGCCAAUUCAUAUUCUUCCAGCUUGGAGGGGUCUGCGUCCUCCCACGCUAGGCCAGAGUGCUGUUGCUCAAGUCUCUGGGUCACGGUGGUGCAACACUGAAGCAAGUUGUUACAGGAUCCAACCGUUAAGGAGGAUUCCUGUUUUUGUUUCUGGCAAAUCACUGUGCCUUUGGGGCUGUGCUGUGGUGACCCAAACUAAUUUCUUCUUUCAGGGUUAAUUGUUUUCAGUUGGAGUAGAUCUGCUAUUAUGGAAUAGGCAAAGUUAUGAAACCUGCUAAGAUAAGAUUGUCAGAUGAAUAUUUCCUAGAAAAGGAACGCUCUCUUUCUAUGCUGCAGUAGUAAGCAUACUGCAAUAAAAGUCAAAGUUCACAGUUGUGAAGCUUGUAGUGCCUGAUCUCUCUAACCCAUGCUAGUUUACAGUCUAACUAAACGUCUGUAAACGUUGUUUUGACUACCUGGUCCACUCCAUUAGUGGUGAGAAACAGCAUAAUACCAGGCCCAAAAUGAUGUUUGUCUAUGACCUUAAUCAAUCAAUAGGGCCCAGGUCCUCAAAAUGGAACCUAGUAAAAAAUACAUAAAUAAGCUUUACAUCUGUAUAGAACACAGGCUCUUGAUUUAUUGCACUAUACUUUUUUUCUUCUUUACUUUUUGGCUGUUACUCAAGUUUAAAUGUGUAUACAGUGCAUCUCACCCACCCAGGAGUUGGCCCUGGUGAGCAUGGCAGGCCAGGCAGGCAGGGUGAGCAGAGUGGAGUGGAGAGAAGGCCUGGGGAUGGAUGCUGUGGAGGGGGGAGGAGAAAGGGCCAUUGAAGGGGGUGAGAGGCCUGAAGGCUGGGCCAGCCAGCCGCUGCUCACAGGGAGCUUUCCAUUGCAGGCGUUCCCACUCAGCUAUAUACACUGUUUAUCCUCUGCAUGAAUAUCAAUGAGGCUAGCCUAAAAUACGACCAUUCUUCCCCACUACUCGCAGCAGCCACCACUGACCCACCAGCCCCAGAGUGGCAGCCUCCGUCGGCUGCACGCGUAUGCCCCUUGUUCUACAACAGACCUGUCUUGUCCUCCGGGGCCAAAAAUCUGCUUGCUGCCCACUGCUCCACUUAGGCCCCUUGCUUAUUGUGUGUGUCCGUGCCCGCGUGUGCACACAUAUAGGCUUACAAUAGGUCCAUGUAGGUCUUAGUCCUUUUUUCACUAUAGAAAGCUCUGCUGUUAAAGUCGUGAUGUAAUGCUCUGGGCUCUCUGCCCUCGUUCCUGUUGGCUGGAGGUUGUCUUUAAUAAAUCGGCCCGUGGCAGUGGCCCAGCAGCUAACACAGGGGUGUAUAAUAAGUUCAUUUAUUUGUCAACACUGAGCCACAACAUGAGAAAGCGCCUGGCUCUGCAUGUUAAAAAGGCUGCUGCAGUAGCUGUCAAAGGACCUAUCUCUUUGAUUUGGAGAGAGAAAAAAGAGAAAAGUAAGACCUCCCCUUCAGAGCCGUCUCUCUCUCACACAGUUUGCUAUUGCUGUUGAAUAUGACAAUAUGUAAAUGCGCCGGCUGUUUCUCUAUGGCCCUGUCCACUACUCGCCCAUAGGUGGUCCGGCUACAGUGCAAAAGCUGUGGGGGGAGAAGGGAGGUGGGAGGGAGGGGGACAUUUUUCUUCUUCCAAAAACUCACAAGGGUCUGGACACAGACUAGAGAGCAAUGUGCAGCAGAGCGUUGUCCCCCAUCACCCCCACCCCUCCCUCCUUGUCGCCUACUCCCCCCCUUGUCCCUACUGUCCCCAGCCCCACAGUCACCCGCUCCACUACUCUUUGUACAGCCGUCGGAUUGAAUUGGUAUCAGUGGAGAGGGUCUGUUGCCGGGUCUCUCAAUUGGGUGAGAUGAGGUGAUGAUUUCAGACAAUGGCGCCACACUCACCUGCCUUUCCUCUCUCAGGCCUGCCACUGGCUGCACUCAAUUAAUAUGCAGAAAAAAUAGGAGCUCCGCUAGUACAAAUCACUGGCUGUUGUAGCAACAAAGAGCUGGGCAUGUGUGCCAUUCAGUCACCCCAACCAGCUUGUUUCUGGAAAGAGAGAUAGACAGUGGAGCGAUAGAAAGAGGGAAUUGAAACUUGGGGGGGGGGGGGGGGGGGGGGGGGGACAGACUUAAAGGAGUAUAAUUAUUUUUUUCUCCCUUCCUGGUCUCCUGGCCCGUUCACAAGCUGUCUUAUUUGCAUUAUGAAUGACAGUGAGGGGAGCUAACAAGGUUAUUGGUCUUUGAGACGCACGCCUGCGACCACACGUGGAAAAAGGACCUACAGCAGUGAGCAUUGGCAAAGGGACUGUGGCUCUUUAUUCCACCCUUUCUAAGCGCUAUGGGGCUUUUUUCAGCCAGCACACGGUUUACUCAGGAGCUGGAAGAAAAGGGGCCGGACCAGGGAAGGUGACUGGCGCAGAAGGGUGGAGGAGCAGGGGGGUUUGGGGUUUGCUUUCAGCUCUUUUACAACCUCAUUACACAGGGCCCUGGUCAUUAGUGGGAGCCAGAGCUAAAGAGGAUUAUUUAUGACUGCCAGAUUAGCCAAUCAAAUUGUCUCUAGGGGGAGUGUCUGUCUGUACCCCUAUUGUGUCCCUUGAAGAAAAUUAUUCACGUCUCACUCAUUAAAUGCAUUAAAUGUAGUGGCAUUUGAUGACUCACCUGUAGUGUGUGUGUGGUGUGUAUCUCUGGAAGUGGGGAUCAGUGUAAAGGUGUUUGAACUGGGGAUAUGGAUCUCUAAAAUUGACAUGUUUUAUAGAUUUACUGCUGGGUACCCUUUUUAAAUCAGUUUUACCUCUAUAGAACUGUUUUUGAGCAGAUGGACAAAUGCUUCCUCCAUUACAGCCAUGUAGCCUUAGAAUAAUCAGCAUGUUUUUUGUCCUCCAACAGACUUCAACUUCGCAAUGUACCCCCCAUCCAUGAUCGCCACAGGCAGUGUGGGAGCGGCUAUCUGUGGCCUCCAGUUGGACUCGGGUGACCAGUCACAGUGGGGGGACAGUCUCACAGACCUGCUGGCCAAAAUCACCAACACUGAAGUGGUGAGUGACCUGUGUUUCUGUCCAAAUCUGAUUUGAGAGAAUGUUUUUUUUCGAGUUAUCUUCUCAGCCUAAUCAGUAUGAGUAAGAGCAGAGGUUGACGUCUACUCACGGACUCUUUCUCAGAAGCAUUAUUCAGUUGGGUAUAUCUGAGGACCUACACUUACAGUAAAGUUUAUUUGAAAUAUAUGAGUCAAGGCCUAUAUGUGAGUCAAAGUUGAACCACCACUAAGUCUUUGAUCUCUUCAGCCAAUCAGCAUCUCCUGCAAAACCAGCCCAUACAGAAAUACCUCAACCACUGAUUACGAUUGAUAGACAGCCUUUGACUGGGUCUGUAAAUCUAGACGUAGCUCACGUUCCACCUAAUUCAUCCCAAAAGGUCACAUGUCACGUCUGCAUGGAGUUGCUAUGCAAAGGUGGUGAGAUGUCAUCCUGUGAUUUCCCCCUUCAAUCCAGGUUAGUUUCUGACAGCCCAGGCAGCAGCACACGGCCUUGCAGGUCCCUGACAUAAAAGAGCUGUUAAUCCACGCAAACUGGGGAAGCAGAGCCAGGCCAGGCCGCCCUAUGUGUGGCUCUGGGGGUAGAGCAGCACUGUGGCGGGGUGGUGGUGGAGGGGUGCUCAGUCCAAACACAGGCAGGCAGGCAGACUGGGCCUCAGCUGGCUCCUGCGCCUAGCUUUCGUCAGGAGAGCGGGGGGAGCUAGCUGGGUUAGCUGCAGGGGUGGGGAUGGGGGAAGGGACUGCAGGAUGGGGGUAGGUGAGGGAGGGCGGGUGUACGGGGCAGACUCCCUGAUGGCAAGCUCUAACCUCGUCUGUCAGUAGCAUCCUAACAUUCCUGGGUCAUGUGUUGUGGGCAUUCCUCCUCCUGUGAGGCCGGACUGAGUGACCUGAGGGCUGCCUGCUUUGUCCUGACUGGGGGCCUGUAAGGCCAGUCCACCCUGCUGUGGCUUGGGGGGAGAGGAGACCUGGGGGCAUGAGGGUGGGGGGCCGAGUCUGCCUGAGCUGCAUGGGCCUCUGUUCUGGCUGGCCCUCUCCUGCUAAACUGACUGCCAGACAGAGCAAGAGACAGACUCUGAGCUUCACAAGGCCUGUCCCGCUGUGGGAGAGUCCCGCUGUGGGAGAGGAGGAUAGGAGGGGAGAAAGCAGUUGAAGUGUGAAAAGGGACACCAGGGAAGCAUGGCCAGUGUCCCGCCUCACUUGCGAUGAUUACCCCCUCUCUCUCAUGCCCAAUAAUGCAUCUCUGCUGGAGAGGCUCCCUCCCCACUGUGUGCUGUGUGAAGUCUUGCUCCGUAGCCGAGGAAAAACAAAUAGCUGGCCUGAGCAGCACAGGCCCUCGUGUGUGUGUUGGGACCCAGGGGUGUGAGGUCUGAGGCAAGGGAGUUGACUGCUGGCUCCAUGAUCCUCACAUUCCUGGAUACAGACAGGCCAUGGAUUCAGAAAACACCAGAGCAGGGCCGCCCUUGUGAUGCAACGUAUACCACGAGUCUGAGGAGUUUUAGCACAACGCUGCUACAGUAGACUAGUCUGCCAGAAAAGCAUUUUUGGAAAGAAGAUGCUUGACGAUUACUUAGCACUGCUCUGUCUAUGGUCUCGCUAUAACAGCAGAAGAGGAGUUGGUGAUUGCGGGCUGUGUCAUUUCACUCUUACCCCACCUUUUCCAAGCUCAAUCACUUAAUGCUUCAAUCCUAAUGGCUACCACCUCCUCAAUUAUCAAUUUGAACGCUUCAAUCAUAAUGGCUACCACUACCACAAUUAUCAAUUUGAACACAGUCAUCAGUGUGGUAUGAAACGGAGGAUAAAAGUAUACACACAUUUGGUUUGGCGUGCUGGCUGGGGAGAUGGCACGGAGCUGGGAUGGAGAUGGCCAGGCAAAAUAUGAAGUAAAGCCUGGCUGCCGAUGCCAACACCACCCCCUGGCACCCCACAGUCAUCUGUGGUAUCCAGAGCCUGUGGUUUUCAGAGUGGACAUGCGAUGGGGCCAAGUCACCGUCUCGCGCCGCCUGCCGCCGCCCAGAGGAAUUUGAGUAUAGCCUUAGAUACACCUGGUGUGGCACAGAAAGCAGCCUGUCAGGCACAGCAGCCGGUUGGUGAGCCUUCACGCCAAGCCAUGAUGGGCAAGAGGCUGGCGGGGAGGAAGAAUGAAAACUGUGUUUCUAGGAGGUUUCGAUUUGUUGUGAUUCCUGUAAGACCUGAGGGAUUCUCUGUUGCUGGGGUUUUGCUGACAGAUCUACGCUGCUACCGUCGGCCAUUUGGUGCGUCUGUUUUGAUUCUCAACAUCCAAGAAGCCAAAAGCAUUGCUAGCGAAAGGUAGGACUAUAGAAACUGGUUUGACAGAAAACGUACUGUAACUCAGUUCAUCUGAAACUUCCAUUGAAGCUCAAAGCACAGAAGGUCCUUCUCUGUUCUAGCACACAGCAGGCUGAGACAGGAAGAGAGGAAGGGGGAGAUGGAGGGGCUAGAAUACUGUUUCCUCGUUUUUGUCUGCUUUUCUUGGCAAGCAUCCACUCUCACUCUCUCCCAUUCAUCUUUUCUCUCAGAGUAGCUCACCAGGACACAGGAAACACACACACACCCCUGUCCUCCACAGCCCUUUCAUUCUUUCCCUGACCCUCUCUCCCCCUUUUCUUCCCUUCCUGCGCCCCUCCACUCAUCAUCCACCCCUCCUGACUCACAUUGAGAUCUUCUCUUAGCCAAAGUUGUUUCUAAUUUAAUCUGGUAUUGUAUUAUAUUGAACAACGAUGUGUCUAUGAAUGUGAAAUAUAGCCAAAGGGAAUGGGAUAGCAACUUGUGAUGCUCAAACAUGACAUUGCUCAACAUGGGGUCAUGGGUCAUGGGUUAUGGGUUCUACAUCGGGUCAUGGGUUGGGCUGACCGCCUCCAGGGUAUGGCAUGACACCCCUCCUAAACACACACACACAAACACACACCAUGCUGUCUCAACCGCUGUCUCUGCACAGAGUAGCACUGCCUAGUCUGGUACAGUAGUUAAGAAAUUCCAUGGUUUCACAGAUUUCUUCCUCUGGUUUUGGCUGUUUGCUCGACUUCCUCCUUUGGGCUCUGUGACGUCACAAUGGAUGCAUAUGGAUAACCCGAGCAGCGUGGUUCCUCCUCACAUUGUUGUUUGAUUUGUCUGUCAAAAUCAUCUUAAUACAUAUGGAUGUCUUUGGGUGGAGUUCAGUUUCAGGUUUUAAUGUCACAUGCACUAGUAGAGUGAAAUGCCUUUCUUGCUAGCUCUAAACCCAACAAUAAAGUCAACAAUACCAAUGUAAUACUAAGAAUAACAAGGUAGAACAAAAACACACAAUAAAUAAAAAUAAGAAGAACACGAGAAGUAAGCAUACUAUAUACAGGGUCAGUUCCAGGGUCAGUUCCAGGUUCAGUUCCAGUACCAUAUUUACAAUGUGCAGGGAUACUGGAGUGAUAGAGGUAGAUACUGUAUAUAUUGGGGUAAGGUGACUAGGCAUCAGGAGAUAUGAUAAACAGAGUAGCAGCAGCGCAUAUGAUGAUUGUGAGUGGGUGUGCGUAUGUGUAGAGUCAGUAUAAAUGUGUGUGCAUGUAAUGUGUGUGUGAGCAAAUGAAGUGAGUGUGUGUGCGUGCGUGCGUGUGUCAGUGUGUGUGAGUGUGUAGAGUCCUGUGAGUGUGCAUAGAGACAGUGCAAAAAUCGAAUACAAGGGUCAACUCAGAUGUAGCUACAUGUAGCCAUUUUGUUAGCGAUUUAGCAGUCUUAUGGCUUGGGGAUAGAAGCUGUUUAGGAGCCUGUUGGUGUCAGACUUGACUUAAGGGGUGGGAGUGGGGGAAUGGGGACAAAAUUCCUACUUUGUUCCCAGUGUAUUCCCAGCGCUGCCUUCCUUUGUAUCUAAAUACCUAAAAACCUAUCUGAAAACAAUAUUGGUGUUUCCAGUAGUCACACAUUGAAGCCAUUAAAGGUUCUCAAAUUAAGCCUGCGGGCCUUGGCAUUGGGUCCGAUCUGCAGCUUUAAAGAGCAUCAGAGAGGGGAAUGUCUUUUAAGAAGUAAAGGCCUGCAUUCUUGCGGUAAAACACGGGCAGUUCCUUUACAUGUUUUGUGCUUUAGUACAUUUUCUCUGAGCAUUUUUUUUAUUUUUACAACUAAUGAAGCACAUGUUGGUGGGAAGUUGGGGACCUCUGGAGCAGAUUAUGGGGACGCUGGGCCCACUAACCCUAGCCCUGUCCCCAUCCAGGUCCACUAUAGGUCGAAAAUAGAAGAAAUGUAUUGAGUCUUAACUGUUAUUUAGGUAUUUAGGUAAGCCCAUUGAUCUGAUACAUUUGCCUUGUCCUCAAUUGGGCCCAAAUACAGAAUUCUAAUUAUUUUUUGAGUAAUUAAUGAAUUAUUUACAAAGUAAUUCAAUAUGCUCACUUAAUCUAGCCUAAGUAGUGUAUUAUAGAUUUAGCAUUCGUUAGCUUAAGGCUUUUCCUGGAGAUUUUGGCAUUGUGACCUUUGACACGGUGACCUUUCGUCACUCAGCCGUAUUCAACUCCUGAGGAGCAAUUCCCAUGUGAUAGGCCUCUGUUCUCAUUUCACCAAGGCAGCAGGCAACACUUGCCCAGGCCCAGAAGCCAUAACACAGGUUCAAACUGUGGCCCAUCAGGUUUAAAUUACCUGUAAAUGUCAAAGGAAUGUUCCCCUCUCCACAAGCUUCUGGCCAUGGGGCUCUCUCAGGAAUAUUUCCCACAGCCACCCCUGUGCUUAAAGGCCCAGUGCAGUCAAAAUGCAGUUUUGCCUGUGUUUUGUAUCAUAUUGUACAACAGCUGAUGAAAAGUGUGAAAACAUUUGAUCAGUGUUUUUUCCUGAUAGUUGCUGUAUGAAAAUACAAUCUACACAUGACCUUCUAAUCAGCAAGUUUUGCAUGGGUAGGGUUUUGGCUUGCCUGGUGAUAUCACCAGGCGCUAUGUUAGUUAAUAAACCAAUAACAAAUAGUUCCAAAUCUCUCUGCCAAUAACAGAUAGGUUCAGUUUUCCUCUCACCCAGACAGUCUUAGCAAAAUGUUAGCUUUUUAAAAAUUAUGUUUGACAAUUUGAAUGGAAAACUAUUACAGUAAGGUACUUAAUUACCUAGCAAUGAUUUGAUAUUGACAUAAAAACAGGUGCAUUGGGCCUUUAAAACCAACAGAGGACAAGGGGAGGGAUGGCUGAGGGUGCAUUACUGUUUUAAACCACCAGAGGGCAGCAGUGUCAUAGACUGCAAGCCAUAAGCGUAGUUAUUACAGGGCACUCUUAUGUUAAUAGUCAGAUCAGAACUCUUCCUCUCUAAUACUUCCAACCUGAGAGCUGAACCUUGGGGCCACAGCAGGCUGAUGGGGGGCUCAGGGCUGUUGAGAGGGUGCUUUCUCUGGAGGAUUCUCAGGUUCUGCCGGCUCUCUUUGAUGCUGAAACCGAUCUGCCUGGCUCUCAGGUGGCCCCCUGCAGGCAGAGACUGGCUCUCGUUAAAAAAAGCACCACCUUUGUGUUCCCACAGGACGUGGAUGUAAUUAACAUAGCUUAGCUUCAGUACUGGGGCCUAUACCUGUGUUUUCACCGUUGUCAAGGCUACUGGUGUGUUGUGUGUGUGUGUGGGAUGAAUAGGGGGAUGGGGGAGGCGUUCAGUGCUGGGCCAUAGUGGGCUGAGGUAAUGCUUGGCCUGGUCCUCUUCUCCGCUCAGACUUAGCUGUCUGUGGGGGCGGCAGGCAGGGUAGCGGUCAUCCAGUCAGGAGACUGAAGGUCUGUGUCAGUAUCACUUCUGUUCUGUCAGGGCUGGGGCUGUGGAUUAUGGAAAGGAUAAGUAACCUUAUAAAAUAACAGGCAGAUAAGUGGCUGUGACACUAUAUAUUGAUCCAGUAAUCUACAAAAUAUUCCAAUGUUUGCUUUGGCUAUAAUUUGGAAGGUUAUUGUAUUUGUGGAAUGAUAUGUUUGUGUGUGUGUAUGUGCAUGCACAUGUGUGUCUGUCUGAGUCUGACUGUAUUUGCAUAUCCAUGUGUACUGUGCACUGUUCCUAUAUUGACGGACAUGUCUGUUUGGUUGUGUGUUGCAGGACUGUCUGAAGGAGUGUCAGGAGCAGAUAGAGAGGGUCUUGGUGAGCAGCCUGCGUGAAGGGCAGCAACAGCAGCAGCAGCAGCAGGUCCAGCGUGGCCCCAGCAGUAAGACCAUGGACGAGCUGGAUCAGUCCAGCACCCCAACGGAUGUUCGCGACAUCAACUUGUGAGCCUGCAAAGAGCAGUAGCGCAUCCGGAAUACGCAUCAAAUCAACAUAAAAAACGACAAAAAACUAAAACGACAAAAAACAAACUACCCCUUAAAAAAAGUGCUUGCUAAUUUUUGUGGAUAUUUUUUUAAUUUUGUAAUAUAAAAACAUGUGCCCAUGUAUUGUACGAAAUGAAAGCUAUUUUUAGAUAUAAAAUGGAUAUAAGGACGCUCUGUGGUGCUUCAGAUAAACAGAAGGCAAGCCAAUUAUAUGUUGCGUUCUGUUUUUGAUUGUAUAGUCAUAAUAAAGUUAUAUCGAAUAAGAAAACAAUAGCUUAAUAAGGCAUAAAAAAAGGUGUGGGGAGACCAUUCGAGGCUUGCAUAUAUGGGAUCACAAUCGGGGCAAGGUUUUUCUGUUUUGUUUUGUUCAUUAUUUUGGUUCAUGUUGGUCUGCCUGAGAUAGGAGCCCAAUAAGGGCUCCGCUGACCGUGAAUGGCAGGUCUCAACGUGGCAUGGUUUGGCUGUGUGUUGGUGACGAGGGGAGCAUUUUGCAGGAAUUGCAGAGUGUUGUACUAAGAAAGAGACAAGUAGGGUCCAGGGAACAGCCAAGUAUAUAAUAGUGAAUUAUUAUUAUUAUUAUUAUUAUUAUUAAGAAACUUAUUUGUGAAUACAGAGUAAUAGACGUCAAUAAGCUCUUUUUGUCAGGCUGAUUGUUUGUGUGUGUGUGUGUGUGUGUGUGUGUGUGUGUGAGUGUGUGUGUGUGUGUGUGUGUGUGUGUGCGCAUGCAUCUGUGUGUUUGUGA